GGUUUGGGAGGGAGAAAAAGGGGGCUCGGUAUGCUGGGAGUUAACUCUGUGCAUGCAGGAGAGAUUCACAUCUCGGUGACUCUUUGCUGCCCUGCAUCCCAGUGUCCUGGCCCCACUGCUGCUCCCUGGGAGCACUCUGCACCUGUGCUUUCCUCUUUGUUCCCACUCCCAAGGACCCAAAUUUAUACUGCAAAAAGGGCUCUGAGGUGCUGGGAACUGUUAGGUGCUGGAUUUUCAUUCUUGGUGGCUGCUUCCCACCAGCAUCUGAAUAGAGAGCACGACAAGGCCUCUGUCUUAAUCCCAGUGCAAACACAGCUGCCUUUCCUAGGACUUGCUAGAAGCCAGCAAACUACAAAGGCAUUAGGUGCUCAGCUCCCAUUACUCUCCCUCAGAACUGAGUUUUACUCCCCAAAUACCUCCAUGGGGCCAAGCCAGGGGUGUUUCACAUCCAGGCUUUAAGGCACAGCUGGGCAAAUGCCCAAAUCUUCCCUUGUUAAAAGGCAGUUAAAGGCUGUUAGAUAUCUGCGAGAGAGAGAACAUCUCAUCUUCCCUACCUGGGAAGCCAGAAUUAAAGCCUGACAUGGGCAAUGCUGGGUAUAAAGAGUGGCUCCAUAUCCCUGGGAGCCAAACUCCUCUUCAUGCGUGUUUUUCCUGGUGACCCCCGAAUGUAGGAGGUAGCAUGGCAGCACAUGCUUUAGUUUUGUUCCUCUCAGUUUUAAUGAGCCAGGGAGCAGAUCUAAUGCUGUGUUUAUUGUGUUGGAAGGAGAGCGUGAUGCUCGGAGAGCACGCAGCCUGUGUUAGAACAGGGAAGGGAAGGGGAGCCAAAGGACACGCUGUGAGAAUUGGCUUUGUGUGAUUCGAGCCCUGUGCAGAAGCGAUGCCCAACCUUCCCUGAUGCCAAAAACUUUGCAGGAGGUGGCAUGGUGUCUUUCAGCAGCCAUUGAGUUCAUCCCCAAACCAAGGAAGCCUUGUAGCCAGAUGAACCUGCUCCCAUACCAUCCAACAGCCUCAGUAUUUCUGCUCCCCUCUGACUGGGCUGACCCUCCAGACCCUGCAUUGCCCUGAAGAGUGCUUUCCAAAGCUGGUGCUGUUUGAACCCCGCAGACAGGACAGUGAUUGCAAAAAGAACAAACACACCACACUGCCUUAUGCAGACACGCAGCAGAUACCAGCAUCUGUAUGCCAGUUUGCUGGGGGACUGGUCAGUGCUGGGGAAACAACUCUCUCAUGUAGGUUUUAUUUUUAUCAGGCCUCUUGCAGCAGCCCUUCCUGGGGCAGCUUCCUGAAGAUUCCUGCCUGAGAGCCUUCUCUGAGCUAUAAGGUGUGGAAGUGGGGAAUAGCUGCAGCUGGGCAAGGGGACAAGUAGGUUGUGCUGUCUGAUCCUGCUUUCCUCAUCAAGCCCCAGAGCUUUUCAUGUUUGGCUAAGAUAAAAUGGUUGUAAAGUUUUGGGCAGGGUCUGAUGGGAAUUUGGCUGGGAAGGGCCAGGAGUUGGUAUUUCCUGGGAAUAGAAAGCAAUUUCUCACCCUGCAAAAGGUAGGAAGGUCUCUCAUCCUGCAGGAAGUCUGAUACGCUGGGUUCAGCAGCUACAUCUGCAGUGAAGGUGGCUUGUUACCUUUUCCCCACACAGGAAAGCAUUGGCCGCACAACCCACAUCCUUUAACAGCUCUGUGCUGAGGUGGAAGUCACCAUUCAGUAUCAGUAUCUAAGAUGGCUCAGGGCCUGUUUUUGAGGAGGUGAAUGAGGGGUUCAGUGUCUGCAGUCCUUCCCCAUGCAGUGGAAAGAGCUUCCUACCCCUGCAGCUCUGCAGCCAUUCCCACCAGCAUGGAGAGCCCAGCUGGCUCCUUCAGAUCCCACUUGCCUUCCUCUUCCCCCUGCUUUCCUACUGCUUUGUGAGUUAGCAUCCCCAACGCACUGAGGCUGCAGGGCAGAAAUGUUCUCAGUGUUCCUGUGGUGCUGAUGGCCAUCACCAAGUCCUAUGUGUUGCCACCUUGUGGAGCUGUUUCUGCAGCUGGGAGAUGCUGCAGGCCGCCCUGUCUCUGAAAUGGAUGUCAUGCUGGAAUGGUUGUGUUAUGGGACCAUAUACAUCAGCCAUGUGCACGAGCCAUGGCUGAGCAUGGGUGCUGGUAUCUGUGCUCGUUUUCAUAGUGGAACUUAAUUUGCUGAGAGUCACUUGGAGCAUCAUCCAGCUGGACUUGAUGCUGCUUUCUCCCCAGAAUGUCCCAUUUGAUGGUGGCUCAGCUCCAGCUGAGUCUCAGCCCCUUGGGCAGCUCCUGGCAGCUCUCUCAUGAUGCAUGUGCAUGGAGACGUGCUGAAAAUCUGGGAGCUGCACAUGAUGUCCAUAGGUCCCAUCCCAUUCCGUGUCAUACAGAGGGACAGCCCAGCCACAAGUCCUCUUGUCACCACGUUGCUCACAGCUUAUCCUUCUCUGGGGAAGUGCUGCUUGACAAGCAUCUCCUGGCUAUUCUCCCAGUCCUUCUGCAGAGGGACAUCGUCCAGGGCUGGGGCUGUCCCAUGGAGCUGCUCAUGGGGCAGCUCCCUCAUUUCUGAGUGGAGAUUUGCAGUCUCAUUGCUGAUGUGAAACCUGAUCCAGCCUUGCUCUGCGCCAGAUGUUGCUCUACUGUCGUGAAUUGCUGACCUCUGGGGAAGGAGGGCAAUGUUGACAUGAGGUUCAAAGGUGCUGUUUGUUUGGAGCUGCUGGAUGUGGGUAUCUCUGGGGCUCAGAGCACUUCCUUCAAGGCAGGGACCUGGGAAAUUAGCACAAACUAAUUGGAGAUCAGAAGCUCCUCAGCAGUUCCCCAUCCCUGAUCAUGUCAUGGUUCUUUACAAGUGUGUGGCUCUGCCCUUCCCCUGGCCCUGGGGAGUGGAUUUGCACGAUCAUGUUUCUCUUUAGCAUGGGAAGGUGGCAAGUUGCAUCCUGCAAACAUCUGCAGAGCUGGGCCGUUCCUUUUGGCUGGGCUGCUGUGGUAGUGUAUUCGCAGCUGGGUCCUUUCCAAGUUUACUCCUGGCAGCACUGAACAGAUUGAUUUCCCUUUAGCUUAAUAGGGCCGGCACAUGCAGGCACUGUGAGGCUGAAGGAAGGCUGGCCUGGCUUGGGGGUGGGGGGAGCUUUGCUUCAGUUGCCUAUGAAUAGCUGCUGCUGGGUGGAUGCUGGCGCAAGAAUCCUGUUGGUCUCCCCACAAAAAGAAAGAGAUGUCUCCAGAACACCCAUUUGCAAGGUUUGCCUGGCAGUGGGUAGGCAGAUCCUCCAGCCUCUCAGACAGGUUGCUGCCAGUGCUGAUGGACCAGUUGUGUCUCAGUGCUGCAGUGAUGCUGGAAAUGUUGCAUCCUUUCCUGGCUCUUUGGUUGCCUCAGGCAAUGCCCACAUCUAAAAGCGCAGAGGUAGGCGCAGGGAGCUUCUUAUCACAGAAGUUCUACCCAGGAGAUGCCUCUCCCUGGCCUUCAGCAGCCUGUAAUGUGCUCCUCUCCUGCUCUGUGAACUUAUGCAUCUCUUCUGCAUGUGCAUCUUUCUCCAUACCUUGUGGCAGUGACUUUCACAGUUCUGUGUGCCACCGUCAUUUCAAAUGGCACUCGCAGGACACAGGCACUGAGCAGAGCAGUGGCCGUGUCCAAGAUGCUGCCAUGGAAGCAUUUGCUGAGUGUGCAUUUUUUCCGAUAUCUGCUCAUAGAUCUUUUCAUCAAUUCCAGAUGCACAGAGCUGACAGGCCGUGUUGAAACACAUUCAGCAGGAAAGCUGCUGAGCCAUGUGACCUUAGAGGGCUGCAUUAUUUUUCCUUGUGUGCAUAUCAGAAACCUGUGUGCAGAGGGCACAAACCAUGUCUGCCCAAUCCAGACCAAUCUGCAGGCAGGUUUUGAGCAAGUCCAGCCUGGCCCUGGACACCCUGCACCCUAUGCCCUGCACGUUGUGGCAGGGAUCUGUCUCUGCCUUGGCACUGCCAACAUGUGCCUUGCUGCUCCGAUUCCUGCUGAGCAGUGGUCUGGAAAAGGGCUUUAUUGACAAGGAAUGGCAAAGCUGGCAGUUUGGGCUUGCAUCAGACAUGCACACAGCAAGCUGGGGCCAGGAGACAAGCAGGCAUAAUGAAUGGGGAAGGGAAACUGCUCUUGGAAAGCUUCUAGCUCGGCGUGUAGGAGAAGUUAACCAUUUGAAACAAGGCAGUUGCAUGGUACUUCUGCACAAAGGCCAUGUUCCUCCUGGAUGCUGAUAAUUUUGUGUUUCCUAUCAAGAUGUCAGUUGCAUUCCUUGUAAUAGCAGAGAGCUAGGCAUGUUGCCCCGGGAAGUCCACCCCCUGCUUCAAAUGCCUGCAAUCCUCCUGUUGCACCUGGCUGACAUCUGCCUCGGCCUGCUGCCAGGUGACCUCCUGUAGCCACCAAGGAGACACAUGGUUUGGGAGGGACCUCUGAUCAGGACAGAGUGUCCAGACCAGCCACUGUUGGCUCUGGUCCUGCUCUGAGCCCUGCUGAUGACACUGCAGCAUUUGGCAGGUUACUUGAAGCAGCUGGAUUGUUUCUUUUCCUCUCUGCAUGAUCUAUUGUGAGCUAAUCCUAUAGCUAUCACCUUUUUUCUUUUACUUGAUUAGCAUUUCUCUGGCUGCUCCUUGACUCAAGUUGGCUAAAUUGAAAUAAGGAAGCCUUCCUUGAAGAUCAUAGCUUGAGACAUCCCUGUCUCCAAAGAGAAGAGAGCCACGCAGCCAAGUGCCAGUUAUGCCAGCUCCAGUCCCUGGGUGCAGCUGGUGAACAUGGUGAUGGUCCAAGCUGCAGAAGACGGGGCUAUGAGGACAGCCUGGCAGGGGAAGGCCGGUCGCAGCCCACUCCAGGCCCUGUAUGAGAGCGAUCAGUUUGAACAGUCGUCACUGCAGGCGGUUCACCAGCAGCGACGGGAGCUGUUGAGCAACGUCUGCAACCGUUACACCCGCAAGCGGCGGCUGCUGCGGCCGGAUGACUUGCGGCACUUGGUGGUGGAUGACACGCACGGGCUGCUCUACUGCUACGUGCCCAAAGUGGCUUGCACAAACUGGAAGCGGGUGAUGAUGGUCCUGACGGGGCAAGGCAAGUACCGCGAUCCUCUGGAAAUCCCUGCCAACGAGGCCCACGUGUCGUCCAACCUGCACACUCUCUCUGAAUACAGCAUCCCCGAGAUCAACCACCGCCUGCGCAGCUACCUCAAGUUCAUCUUUGUGCGGGAGCCAUUCGAGCGCCUGGUCUCGGCCUACCGCAACAAGUUCACCCGCAGCUACAACACUGCCUUCCACAAGCGCUACGGGACCAAGAUCAUCCGGCGGCACCGGCAGGAGCCCAGCGACAAGGCGCUGGAGCGCGGGGAUGACGUGCGCUUCGAGGAGUUCGUCUACUACCUGCUGGAUCCGCGGACUCAGCGGGAGGAGCCCUUCAACGAGCACUGGGAGCGCGUGCACUCGCUCUGCCACCCCUGUAUCGUCCACUACGACGUGGUGGGCAAGUAUGAGACCUUGGCCGAAGAUGCCAACUACAUCCUCCAGCUGGUGGGUGCCGACACGACUGUCAAGUUCCCGUCCUCGUCCAAGACCACCAGAACCACGGACGACAUGACGGCCCAGUUCUUCCAGGACAUUAGCCCCUUCUACCAAAGAAGACUCUUUAAUUUAUACAAAAUGGACUACUUGCUCUUCAACUACUCCAUCCCUUCUUACCUCCGCAUCCGAUGAGGCAGUUGCUGGGAAGAGAGGUGGGGAGAGCUGCGUACUUCUCAUCUUGCCACAACUCCUCCCACCCCGUGCUCAUCUCUCGGUUCUCCCCAUGCCCUCUCCAUUACAUUGUGUUCUGUGUGCCUCAUUCAGGCACAGUUUGGAGGGAGAAUACCCCGCAGAACACUGGGGCUGGAGUUUCUCCUUCCCUUUCUCUCCCAGCCCCUGACUUUGGCACUUGUCAGUGGGUACAGGAAGCUACUGCCUUGGAGGGCUUGCCUUGCCUGGAGUUUUUCUUAUGAUAAGAGAUUCCUCUGUAGAUUCAAGUCUUGGGAAGGGUCCUUUUUCUGGCAGGAUCCUUUUGGGUGUUUCUCCUCCUCACUGGGCUGUUUGGGGUCAGCCUGGGGAGCAGGAUGGAGCUUGUCAGAGAUUUACCUAGGACCAGAAAUAAAGCAAUAAUGUAAAUUUUUCUUGUUCAUUUCAAAUUGCUCCCACCUUCUUCCUGCCUUCUCGUCCCUCCAUCCUGGCUUCCUGAGCCAUCUCCAUUGCUGUGGAGGGUGGCGACGUAAGCUGCAUUUUGUUCUGACAGAGCCUGGAGGGCUUUUUGUUCCUCUUCUUCCAUGUGCUCUCAGCUGGGAUGCAAAGUGCUGUGAAUGGGGAGAAAGAAGCAGAUGUGCAGCUAGUAUGAGUGACAGAGAUAGAGCGAUUUCUCCUGAACGACAGCAGCAGAACCAUCGAUCUGUGCGUAUGUGCAUCUGGAUUUCUUGUCAAGUCCAAUAAAUCCAGGUUCAGUUUUUUUGUUUUUUCUUAAUUAUGUAAAAACAGGUAUUGAUUGUUUUGCAAAGCCAUAUAUCCAGAACAGGUGCAGGUACACCCACUUGGCACGAAGGGAUGGAGGAAGAGCGUCCUGCAGAGAAGGUGAUGUUGCAUUGGGAAGGCUGGAGGGGGGGGAGAGAGAGAGAGAGAGUGUGUGUGUGUGUGUGUGAGAGAGAGAGAGAGAGAGAAAGAUUAUUUACGUAUGUGCAUCAGAAAAAAAUAGAGAAUUAAAAAUGGGGACAGAGACACCUAGAGGAAAAUUCCCCUUUGCUUGACUGGCUUCGGACAAUUCACUCCUUGAAGAAGAAACAGGAGGAGGGGGAAAUAAAAAAGAAAAUGACAAACCCGGUCCUGGGGUUUUAAGUUCAAACCAGUCCUAGGAGCUUUAUUUUUUUAAAUCCAUAUUUAAGAACUUUUUCUGUUCAGCCCUGGCUAGGUGGCUGCCUUAGUAAAUAAACGCAGCGGUAAUAGAAUUUGCUGUAGUGUGUCUGCUGGCCCAGCUGCGAGCACUUGACUUAUUAGUGCAAUACAAUGGAGGUUUUAUAAAACCCCAGUGUGCUCAGACUGUUUUAAAAAAUAAUGUUUUCAUCUAACAACUUUUGGCUGUUACAUCUUAACCUUUUUUGCUCUCUGAUUCUGAUCUGAACCUUUCUCCUGACAUUCCCCCCUUGGUUAUGCAGUUUGGAGAAUGGGUUUAGCAAGCAUUGAAAAAGAAAAGGAAAUAGAAUCGUUGGUGAUGCUGGCAGCCUGAGUGGUUCUCCUAGAGCUGGAGCUCUUGCAGAAAUGGCCUUUCUGGAGAUGAAUCUCAGAGCACAGAAACAGCUGAUGGGAUGCUGCAAGUGUCAGCAUUUGGACUCUGAGUGUAUUCCUUCUGUGUUCUUGGGAGUCUUGCAAUCCCUGGUAGUGCUGCCUGCUGUUGAAAAGAAAUCAUAGUUCCAGUCACCACAAGCUCUUGGUCAUUUGGGGUCAGUCAGCAUCACAAAGGAAUGGAGUUUUGGAUGGAUUUGUGCUCUUGAUUACCGUGUUCUGCAGGUGGCUGGUGGCACAUUGAGUGGCAGGGACAAAUAAAGCCUCGCUCCUGUGGGUGUGCAUGCUGCUGGCUGGGAGAGCUCUGCUGUGACAGCAGGGAGCCAGCAGCCAGGCUUUGUCCAUGUGAUGGUGACUGGUGCUGGCUGGGGUGUUCCUUCCCUCUGCAUCGUGUCCCCAGCAUCCCCAGCAAGUCCCUGCCUUGUCCAGUAGGGCCGCGGCCUACCUGUUGCAUUCUGUGAUAUGCUGUCUUUGGGCCUGUGUGUUCGGAUAUACCUACUUUGGGGCUUUUUCUGCAGUUAAAAUCCAGUGCAUUUAGGUAACGGCCUUCCUUAUGUCUAAACAUCACUCCCCAAAGCACAGCAUGACAGUGACAGAAAAUGGCAGCAUGGAGCGGGUGGUGAUGGAGCGAGGAGGACACCGUGUGACAGGAGGGGAUAACUGCAGGUGUGACGCCUGCAGGAAUUUGUGUUGGAAUCCAGUUCUCCCAGCGGCUUCUAUUUUUAAUUAUCUGUUCUCCUGCACCCCUUCUUCUUGCCAGAUAAGAAAUUAUCAGGGUGAUUGGAUGAGAGGUCAUGGCCUUAAGCUGCCCCAGAGCAGGCUCAGGUUGGAUAUUUGGAACAUUUUCUUCUCUGAAAGAGUGGUGAUGCAGUGGCACAGGCUGUGCAGGGAG